UUGAGUGCCCACGCGCCUUAAGAUGGGCAACAAAUGUUGCAGCAAGCGACAGGAUCAGGAACUAGCGCUCACCUAUCCCGGCGGCUACAAGAAGGGCGAGAACAGCUUCAACUCGAACCUUUCCGGACCGAAGCACACUAAUGGCGGUUCGAUCGACUCACGUUACACACCAGACCCGAACCGGGGUCAGCUGAUAAAGCACCCGAAGGGUGGCGUGGACAUCAUAAGACCCAGAACGACACCGCUCUUGCCUGGUCACAAUACGCGACGGAUAGUGGUGGCACUCUACAACUACAAUGCUCGUGAGGAAACGGACGUCAGUUUCGUCAAGGGCGACCGGAUGGAGGUGAUGGACGACACCGAGUCCGACUGGUGGCGCGUAGUGCACCUGAAAACUCGCCAGGAAGGUCUUAUCCCGUGGAACUUUGUCGCCGAAGAUCGGAGCGUCAACAGCGAAGAUUGGUUCUUCGAAAAUGUCUCCCGAAAGGAAGCAGACAAGUUACUGCUGGCGAACGAAAACCCUCGUGGCACAUUCCUGGUGCGCCCGUCCGAGCACAAUCCGAACGGGUUCUCGCUGUCGGUCAAGGAUUGGGAGGAAAUCCGAGGCUACCACGUGAAGCAUUACAAGAUCAAACCGCUGGACAACGGUGGCUACUAUAUCGCAACAAACCAAACUUUCCCCUCGUUACCUGCGCUCGUGAUGGCAUAUUCAAAGAAUGCACUCGGCCUUUGCCACGUACUCUCGAGUCCCUGCCCAAAACCCCAGCCUCAGGUGUGGGAUCUUGGGCCCGAGUUGCGUGACAAAUGGGAAAUUAAUCGCAGCGAGAUCCAGCUCAUUCGCAAGCUUGGCCAUGGUAACUUCGGCGAAGUGUACUACGGCAAGUGGCGCAACAACAUUGAGGUGGCAGUGAAGACGCUACGCGAAGGUACAAUGUCGACGCAGGCGUUCCUGCAGGAGGCGGCCAUCAUGAAGAAGUUCCGCCACAGCCGAUUGGUAGCGCUGUACGCCGUGUGUUCGAAAGAGGAACCGAUCUACAUCGUACAGGAGUACAUGUCGAAAGGAAGCCUGCUCGACUUCCUACGCACGGGUGACGGCCAGUUCCUGCAGUUUGAGGAUCUGAUCUACAUAGCGGCACAGGUUGCGUCCGGUAUGGAGUAUCUCGAGCUAAAGCAGCUCAUCCACCGCGAUCUAGCCGCUCGCAAUGUGCUGAUAGGGGAGAACAACGUGGCGAAGAUCUGUGAUUUCGGUUUGGCGCGGGUGAUAGCCGACGAUGAGUACUGCCCCAAGCAGGGCUCUCGCUUCCCAGUGAAGUGGACGGCCCCGGAAGCGAUCGUGUACGGCAAGUUCUCGAUCAAGUCGGACGUCUGGUCGUACGGUAUUCUGCUCAUGGAGCUGUUCACCUACGGUCAGGUGCCGUACCCCGGCAUGCACAGCCGAGAGGUGAUCGAGCAGAUCGAGCGGGGCUACCGUAUGCCAAAGCCGACCAACCACCACCUGCCGGAUGACAUCUACAGUCUGAUGCUGAAAUGUUGGGACGCGAUACCGGACAAACGGCCAACGUUCGAGUUUCUGAAUCACUACUUCCAGAACUUUACCAUCACCUCGGAGGUCCCGUACCGAGAGGUGCAGGACUAAGCGCCCUAGGCCGACCCCUGACCGGUCCUGGCGUCACGGUCUGCUCCUCCGGUAGAGGGGCAGAUGCACAGGGUUAGAUACGUAAGAGUCCUGUUCCCUCGCGUUGUAGAUGUGAGACGUGGCGGAAAGGCACGCAAAGGUUACACCGGAAAACCUUGAUCGUUUUCUCUCUACCUUCUUCCCUCCCUUGCUUUCUGUGUCGCCCGUUCAAGCACAACGGUUAUUUGAGUUUCAUUUUUUGCUCAAUCCGUUCCACUUCAAAGUUCACUAUUUGCUACUAACCGUGGAAACACCUGCGUAUGAACCACUCGUUCAUAACAACAGCAGCCGGUAGAUGGCUAUGUGCAAAGCAAGUGGAUCUUCUCCUGUUGCCAAUAAGUCGUGUGCGAGCUUCAGGUCAGGAUAAGGUAAAAUUCGACAGGCCACUCUUAGUGAUCUUUUAUGGUGUGUUUUAGAAACGCACACGCGUUAGCUCAAGAGGAUUGCGGAGGUUAUGGCUUAUUGUCCCCAAAACACCGAACGAAGCACAUAAUUCGUACAUGUACGUGCUUGGGGGAUGGAUUCUUUUUCCGUGGGCCAUUAAUUUUAAUCACCCUUAAGCGUGCAGGAUCUGGGAAGGAACAUAGAAAUUUGGUGUCGCGCCUGCGGAGAAAUGGAAGAAGAAUGAAAUGAAAAGAGAAGACACGGACUGACAUUUGUCAAAUCCAUCGUAUUCAUUAGGCAUCAACCCGAGAGACUCCUCCCAUAUCCAACAUAGUAACCGCGAGUAACGGCAAAAACAAAAAUGUAUAAGCGAAAAGGAAAGACAAGCUAAAAGAAAAAUGUGCACGAGUGGUGUGUAUGUCCGUCUGCAGGAACUUUCGGUGCGCCGAUUAGUUUCUUCUGCUGGAGGAUCGAUUUUACAUCCCCAGCAAAUGCUAAGAAAAUUAUUGGCACAAAGGAAAGACGGAAUGAAAAACCAAAGUUCAAAUGUUAUUCAUCUAAUUCUAAUUCCCGUGUAAUCGUGUAGGUUUUUGACAUUUAGUUUUAACGAAUACGAAUACGGUUUUGGGCAGAGAGUUUUUGUGUACUAUCGACAAAAUGUAAGCCCCACUCUUUUGAAAUCCUAUUCUAUGUAGCCACCGUCGCCAAGACAACGAGGAUGGCGCGUAACGCGCUCGUAUCAUUAGCAACCCACGAAGCCAAUAUCAGCGUUAAAUUACUAGCAAAAAGAGCGUUUACAGACAAUGACUAAAGAACUCAAAACAUGAAAAUAACAACGGAUAAUCAUCACACGGUGUUCGCGCCAAACUUUUGUUUGUCGUUCUAUAGUUUUACUUUUCUAAGGGAAGCAAACAGUUUAAAUGCAGCACAAAAUCAAGUAAAAUCAGAUCGUAAUAGACUUCACGCUGAAAGUGAUAUUAUGAUUUAAAUAAAACGAAAGGGAAAAGAAUAGAACUCAGCACUAUCAUCACGAUCUUGCACAAUCCCGCAAAAUUCUGCUGCAAAUGCAAAACCAACGUAGAAGGACGCGCUUCUGGACGCUGGAGCCAAAUGUGUCUUCGAACUGCCAUAGAUAUGCAUUCAACUAUCCAUUUUCUUUGCAAUUCUUGGUGCAUUCCCUCUGGUUCUGGUGUUCAUAAUAGAUAUGCAUUCUCUGAUGGCGAGUGGUGUGAUGUGCAAUGCAAGAAUAUCAUUUUUGACGCACUGCUCUUUUUCCUCUCCUCGUCAUAAAAGCGCAAAACAUAGACACAAAAAUGUCGCAAAAAGAGAACAGUUUUUGGGGCAUGAAUUCAAAGAAAACAAUAAAAUAAACGGUGAAAAUAGCAAAACCAAACAAACAAACGAACAUAGCAACCCGAUACUAUAACAAACAUGAUGUGCAUUUGGACCGGUUUCGGCUAUCAGAGUGAAGAUGCGUUGUGUGAUGAUUUUCGAAAUGCGGUUCUUCUGAUACAAUUUUACCAAGAAUGGCAGUGGCAACUAGGAUGGACGAAAGGAGGUAAAACUCACAGUGACUCUCACUAUUACACACCCAUACAUUCAUUGACGAAUAGACAAAUUUGUGGAACGCGUAAAAUAAACAUAAGCAUAAGCUCUAAAUUAAAUUAGCUAUUUCAGCAUAAGUUAAUGGGAUGAAUGGAAAAUAACUAGUGACAGGAAGACAGGAAGAAGAGUCUGGUGAAGCUAAACUAUGUGAAGUGCAGUAGUAAAAAGAGAAGAAAAUAAAGCAACGCAUAAACGCAAAUCAUACCACGAAACAAUACAAAAACAGUACACAUUUUACGACUACAUUAUAUUUAUACCCCGAUACCCCGACGCGGAAAGUGGAUUGAAUUGGAGCAUUUAC